AAUAGAGAGCUCUCUGGAUAUUACCACAGAAGCGACAGUUCUCUCCCGCCUUGUUCACGAUACAACUCGCUAACAACCUACGACAAGGCAGAGUUUAAAUCUAGCAGAACUCAAAGCAAUAUGAACUCAAGGCUGGACGAAUUCAUGUCGCCGACCUCGAUACUUUUCCUUGCUUCACUCGAAAGUUUUUAUGCACGUCAGCCAGUCCGGACAUCCCCAGAACCAAACCGUGCGCCACCAACCACAAACAGCGUCGGACCACCACACCUGAAUACCCAAACCAAGACCUCAAUCCUCAGCCUUUACUUCGUUGCGAAAGCUACCCUCCCACCAGUAAGCGAAUUACUAUUGGUUCGGAUAUACAUGUUUUUCGGUGAUGGCGAUACCACGACACACAGGAUGGUGGCUUGCCUGGCAGGUUUCAGGGUUGUGAUACGGUUGGCGUUGUUUCUUCCCCUCUCAGCCCUUGACGCAGCUCAGCUGCAGCUCUGUCCAGUCACCUUUGAAGGAUGGCCUGGGCGUCCACUGACAGGCCAGCUUCCUAUCUCCCUUUGAGCCUCACCUGGAUCAUCUUCUUGUGUUCAUUGGUGCCACUGACUGCUGCAGCUCUCAAGCGUCCCACUGUUUUCCGUCCCAGACUGCCACCAUGCAGUUCCCCGCUACACACUAUGCAAUCGAUCGUACGUUCAGUCGUGUCCACGAACUUAGCUCUAUCUUUUAAGUAGCAUGGGUCGCGUCCCUCGUCAGGUCAACUGAACAAAACAUCUCUCACUGUGGUUAUCGCCAUGGCCUCACCUGGUGCACUUUUGCGAUCGUGUCUGGAGAGCUUCAAAUCAAUUCUGACAUCGCAGGAGUUCGGAACUGAAUACGAGCUACUCUGUACUGAACUUUCCGUGCAAUGGCUUAGAGUGCAAUUGUGGGGAGAGUCGGUAUGUCACUAGACAGACCCAACUGAUAUUGAGCAGAAACUCAUCUGGUCUAGGUUGGUCUCCAUUUUGAUACAAACGGCUGCCUUGAAGAGACCCUAUCGAACAGACAUGAUAUCGAGGCAACAAUUACGUCCUGUGUGAACAGCAUCGCAUUCAUUCUAUCAGAGAUUGAAACAAUUCGGCGGAAAUAUGAACUCCGACCACCACUUGAGCCAGUUUCAGUCAACAGUCCUUCCUUGGAGAAGUCGAUCCGUAUGUCAAAAUCACUCGGCAAGCUUUCCGGCCUUACCGCCGUAGCUUCAUUACGACAGCGAAUGAAAGACAACCAAAAACAAAAGUCGUUCCUAGCAAUCACAAAAUGGACAAUUUGCGACGCAAAGAAAUUCGAUGGCCGAGUGAAAAGACUGAAAGGGUUGAUUGAUGGUUUGGAGGAUGUAUCAAAGGCAGCUGGAAUCAGUCGACAGCCUGCGCGGACUCGGCCCCUUACCAUAUCUUCCCUGGAACAUCCACCUCCCUACUGUUUUACCCCACCACUAGGUCAGCGAGUAAAUGAUACAGCACCAGCAGUCGCCUCAGACUCAGAUCGGCGACGGAUAUCAACAGCACGGCAAGAACGGGAGCUUCCAAAACACUACGAGAACUUAAAACGACAUGCAGGACGGACAUCGCAAAACGAAGAAGCGAGACGGGCAAGAACGCAAGAGAAGCUACGUAAACUUACGAAUAACCAGUUAUACGAAUUGAGAGUCGAUGUCUGCGACGAACUGUACCGCCGAGAAAAAGGAGACUCAGCUCCAUCUUUCCUUCCAGCGAACCCCUCAUACCAACCGAAACGGAACCAGGCGCGCGAGAAGAUCUCACAGCUUCCUCCAUACCGUUUCCGGGAUUUGACCAUGGACCUAGUCUUUGAACUUGAACGACGUUUCCCACAUCUUUGGUUACAAGCAAUCCCCGAGCUUGAACCAGCAUCACACCAGACAGAUCCAUUCUCGAUCCCUCGGGAUGCAACGACACGACGAUACGGAUGCGUUCUUCCCCCAAAUGCUCCCCCACCACUUCUAAAAUACCGAGCCACCCAGCGGAGGACCCUUGCCCAUGUGCCAGCAGCAGCACCGAACUUCUCGAGACCACCUCUUUCAUCACGCUUCAGCCACUGUGCUACACUUCUUACCCCCACAACUAAGCAUGAAGAAGACAUUCCAGCUUCCAGGUUUAGCAAUACCUCGGCCGAGAUUUUCAAGUCUUUCCGCGUCAGUAUGGAGGAUCCAUGUUGGAAAGUCCUCCCUGCGGCCUUGAAGAAGUAUAACAUCAACGCUCCCUGGGAGCAGUAUGCACUAUAUAUAGUAUAUGAAGAUAAGGAGCGUUGUUUAGGGAUGGAGGAGAAGCCUUUGAUCUUAUUCAAACAGCUUGACAAGAUGGGGAAGAAGCCAAUGUUUAUGCUACGAAAGAUUGCUCCAGUAGGCUCGGGGGAGAAUGUGGUGAAAAAUACUUCUUUUGAUCCCCCGGGGGGAAUUAUGUAGAUGUACUCUUGGGGUGUUUGCUGCAGAAUCUUUCGCUGCGUUUUUUUUGGGGGGG